AUGGAAUAUUAUCACAAUGAGCUGGAUAUGCUAGAUAAGGCAAAAGUUCUAGACAGUGUCAAAAAAAAUCUUCAGAAUGUGGCAAAUGUUAACUCUGGAUUCGACUUAGAGCGUAGAAUAAAAGCCCAAGAACUCAUUGAUAAUUGGAAGAUAGAGGUUGUGCGAGUUAACCAACAGCUAAAUGCAGUUAAAAACUCUGCCGAUCAGAUUGAUAUAUUUCAGAAACAGUUUGUCGAUGAUAGUAGUAGAAAACGUUAUCAUAACAAUAACGAACAAAUGGAUAAAGAAAUAUUUGAGAAAAAGGCGAGAAUUAAGAAUACAAGUUCCGAUGAAAAUCCUGCAUACGAUAAUCAAAUAUCAAUAUCCAUGUCUUCCUGUGAUGAAGAUGAUUCAGUUGAAAAUAUGAAUGCGGAGGAGCUCAUUGAGUUUUUACAAAAACGAAAAUUAGAUUGCGGGUUAGAACUGGGUCCGGCAAUGCGACUUGCAGAUCUCGCUAAGGAACUCAACGACAAAAACGAGGACUCAAAUAACGAAUUUAAAAAGUCUACAAUAGGAGCUCCUCCAAUCGCUGCCGAAUCGGAUAUGAAUAAAUUCAACAAAAAAUUCAUUGAAGAUCUCUAUAAACUUCUCAAUGAUAAUCUUAAUAAGACAAUUCGUAGUGAAUUUCAAAAUAUCAAGGGGGAUGUAGAAAAGAUUAGAUGUCAGAUGGAAAAGAUUGACAGUGCAGUGAAAAGUCUUGAACAAAAAAAUAAUACUGAAGGAAGUGAACUCAGCUAA